GUGUCGUUGGCGGAGAAGAAGAGGGGAAAUGGGCGAUGGCGCCGUGCGUCACUGUUUGUGAGAGGGAGGUAUCUUCGCGGAGCACUGCGAUGGUCAUUAGUACGGGCGGGCGAUCUUUCUAGCUCCACCGAUCGCCAUUCCAAUCGGCACAGCAGCAGGAUUCCAGUAAGAGCCCUAAUCUCUCUUCUCCCCGUGUAGCAAGAUCGACUGGAGAGCCAGCGAUGGCGAUUCCAGCGGUCAGCGCGUCCAAGAUUAUGGUGCUGUGGCUUCUCCUCUCCUGGAAUCUCUGCCUCGCGCACCAGCAGCAGUGGCAGCAGCAGCUCGGGUGGAGGCACAAGAAGAAAAUCUCCGGCCCCAUCAAGACCGUGGUGGUGCUGGUGAUGGAGAAUCGUUCCUUCGAUCAUAUGCUGGGCUGGCUCAAGAAGCUCAACCCGGAGAUUGACGGGCUCCAGGGCAACGAGUCCAAUCCCCUCUCCACCACCGAUCCCGCGUCGCGAAAAAUCUUCGUCGCCGACACGGCCGAAUUCGUGGACCCCGACCCCGGGCAUUCGUUCCAGGCCAUCACCGAGCAGGUCUUCGGCUCCAACGACACCUCCGCGAUCCCCCCGCCCAUGAAUGGAUUCGCGCAGCAGGCCGAGAGCAUGGUGGAGGGCUUCUCCGAGACGGUGAUGAAAGGCUUCCGCCCGGAGCUCGUCCCAGUCUACACAGCUCUGGCGAUGGAGUUUGCAGUGUUUGAUCGGUGGUUUGCGUCCACGCCGACGUCCACGCAGCCCAACCGGCUCUACGUCCACUCGGCCACCUCUUAUGGAGAGAUUAGCAACGUGAAGAAGGACCUGGUGAAAGGAUUCCCGCAAAAGACCAUCUACGAUUCCUUGGACGAGGACGGUCUCUCGUUCGGGAUCUACUACCAGAACAUCCCGGCUUGCCUGUUCUUCAAGAACUUGCGCAAGCUCAAGUACCUGACCAAGUACCACAGCUACCGCGCGGCCUUCAAGCUCCAUGCCCGGCUCGGGAUGCUUCCAAACGUGGCGGUCAUCGAGCAGCGCUACUUUGAUCUGGAUCUCACUCCCGCCAAUGACGAUCAUCCCUCGCACGACGUCUCCGAGGGCCAGAAGCUCGUCAAGGAGGUUUACGAGGCGCUGCGCAGCAGCCCGCAGUGGAACGAGGUGUUGUUCGUGAUAACUUACGACGAGCAUGGGGGGUUCUACGACCACGUCCCGACUCCAAACGUUGGAGUCCCGAAUCCCGAUGGUGUUUUGGGACCGGAGCCUGGCUUCUUUGAUUUCGACAGGCUUGGAGUUCGUGUGCCGACGAUCAUGGUGUCGCCUUGGAUCGAGAAAGGAACAGUUGUCCAUGAGCCAAAUGGCCCGACGCCUACUUCACAGUUCGAGCACUCGUCACUGGCAGCGACUAUCAAGAAACUUUUUGAUCUCAAGUCGGACUUCCUGACGAAGAGAGAUGCCUGGGCGGGGACUUUUGAGAGCGUUGUCUCUGGUCGCAGCAGCCCCAGAACCGAUUGCCCAGAGACGCUUCCAACGCCUCCUUGGUCGCUUCGUCACAGGGCAGUGGAUGAGGACGCGAAGCUGACCGAGUUCCAGGAAGAGCUGGUUCAGCUGGCGUCGCAGCUCAACGGCGACCAUCGGCUGAAUGGCUACCCGAAUUUCGGGAAGGGGAUGAGCGUCCGGCAAGCGAGCGAUUACGUAGAAAGCGCGGUGAGGAAGUUCUUGGAUGAAGGUCGGCUUGCUCUCAAAUCGGGAGGACAAGCGGACGACACGACGGUGUUGGAUGUGAAUAUUAGAAAAUCGACAGUGUAAAAUCAAAAAACAAUGGAAUUAAACAAUUGUUACCUUUGAAAUA